CCGGAAGUUCCGGCGUCGUGAAGGAAGGGGGGGAUAAACAGGAAUGGCGGAGGCAGCUGCGGCGGCGCCUGUACCUCUUACAUCAGCCGCAGCACAGAAGAUCCCGCUGCCCGCGUUCCCGGACAAUCCCCCCGUGGGUGGCUGGACUCGUCAGGUGACCUGCCGAUAUUUUAUGCACGGCGUCUGCAAAGAAGGAAACAACUGCCGCUAUUCACACGAUCUGUCCACCAGCCGCUCUACUAUGAUCUGCAGAUACUAUCAGCGCGGGUGCUGUGUUUAUGGAGACCGCUGCAGGUAUGAACACACAAAACCACUAAAGCAAGAAAUGAUCGGAGAUGCCUCUGGGACGAGGAGCAGUCCACUUGAGUCCCUCCCGGAAACCAGCAGUGACAUUAACAGUAAGAAGGCAGCUAGCGAGGUGGCAGCUGGGGUCUCCCAAGCUGAAGACUGGGUCAAUGCCGUGGAGUUUGUGCCGGGGCAACUCUACUGCGGACGGGCUCCAUCCGGCCCAGACACUGACACUCAGGGAACUGCACCUCAAGAGGAGAACAAGGAGCAACCGGCCGACCCAGAGCUGAAGAAGCAGCUUUGUCCAUAUGCCACUGUAGGGGAGUGUCGUUAUGGAGAAAACUGUGUGUAUCUGCAUGGAGACCCGUGUGAUAUGUGUGGGCUACAGGUGCUUCAUCCAACAGACACUACUCAGAGGUCUCAACAUAUUAAGUCAUGCAUUGAGGCUCACGAGAAGGACAUGGAAUUGUCGUUUGCUGUCCAACGCAGUAAAGACAUUGUGUGUGGAAUCUGCAUGGAGGUCGUUUAUGAGAAAACAAACCCCAGCGAGCGUCGUUUUGGUAUCUUGUCCAACUGUAGUCACUCCUACUGCCUCAAGUGUAUCCGCAGGUGGAGAAGCGCCAAGCAGUUUGAGAGCAAGAUAAUAAAGUCAUGUCCAGAAUGCCGCAUCACCUCAAACUUCGUCAUUCCAAGUGAAUACUGGGUGGAGGAGAAAGAGGACAAACAUAAGCUGAUCCAGAAGUACAAAGAGGCCAUGAGCAACAAAUCUUGUCGGUAUUUCGAUGAAGGCCGUGGCACCUGUCCAUUUGGAGGAAACUGUUUCUACAAACAUGCAUACCCUGACGGUCGUAUAGAAGAACCACAGCCGCGACAAAAAGGGGGGAUGUCUAGCAGAUAUCGGGCCCAACGUAGGAACCGGUUUUGGGACUUCGAGGAGCGUGAGGGAAGUGACCCUUUCGACAAUGACGAUGAAGAAGUAAUGACCUUUGAACUGGGCGAAAUGCUUCUAAUGCUGUUGGCAGCAGGCGCCGAUGAUGACCUAACAGACUCAGAGGACGAGUGGGACUUGUUCCAUGAGGAUCUGGACGAUUUUUAUGACCUGGACCUAUAGCGCCAGUCGAAGGAGUUUGGACUGUCUGGGCAGCUUCAGACAGUAGCUAUUUCCUGUGGUGUUGUGGCAGUGCCUGUGUUUCUCCUAGGCAGGCCUAUCAAUUCCAGGUGCUGUUGUAAUAAUUUUUAUCCUUAUGUCUGUCUUCUCCCCAUCUUUUUCCUCCCCAGAGUGUUUCUUUCUCUGUUUCAAGUUAAAAAAAAGAAAUAAAGAAAAAAAAAUUAAAAAUA